AUGAACUCGACGACGACGACGGCGUCGCUCAACGGCGGCUUCGACUUCUCGACGGCGGCGACGUCGACGACGUCCGCCUCGAGUACAGCCACGCCGCCCCAGCCAGAUCCCAAUGAUCAUCUACAGGUUCUUGAGACAAUUUUUUGAUUUUUCACGCUAUAGGCAAGCUAGUGAAGACAUGCUGAUUCCUAAUUCAGUUGAUUUACUUCUACAAAAUCUCAAAAAUUUAUCCUUAAACAUGGGAAAAAGCCUCAACCAGAUCCCAAUGAUCAUCUACAGGUUCUUGGACUUUUUUCAGUUUUCUCAUCAUAGGCAAGGUCCUGAAGAUUUUCGUCCUAGUUCAGUUUAUUUACUUCUGAAAAAUGUGUAAAAAUGAAUCCUAAAACACGGAAGAAGCCUCAGCCAGACCCCAAUGAUCCUCUACAGGUUCUUGGACUUUUUUCAAUUUUUUCAUGUCAAGGUUCUGAAAGUUUUAGCACUGAUUCAGUUGAUUUACUUCAAAAAACCUAAAAACGUGUCACUAGAACAUGAAAAAAGGCUCAUCCACCUACAGGUUCAUCUUUAUGAAUUUGAAGAAUUUCAUUUUAUUUUAUUUCUUCUUGGUCGUUCAAGAAGAUAAUUUUUGUUCCGGGUCCAAUGACAACGAUUCUUCUUUUUACCAGCUUUUUUUGAUCCACUAAACUAUUUUUAAAAAAUUUUAAAAACUUUUUUUUCUGAUACUCUUGUUUUACUGAAUCGCGAUUCGAGAAAAACUUAAAAAAUCAGAUUUUUUCUAUUUUUUUUUCUGCAAUCUUCUAAGCUUUACCCUCAAAUUUAUGUUGAAAAAACAGUUUUAAAAAAAAUUACAGUUUCAGUGUUGAUUUCCGUUGCUUAACUUUGUUUAGAAUUUUUUUUAAAUUGACAAAACUAUUUCAAAAGAACCUUUUCUGGAAAUUCAGCUUCUAUUCCGAUAAAAAUUUGAAAAAAAUGAGAAAGUAGUUCAACGAAAAUUGCUUUUUAUUCGGCACAUUUUUGAAAAAUUUCUUCGCGAUUUUUUCACUUUCAGAUCGAUUAAAAUUUCUUUUUAAUUUUUUUUUUGUUUUUGCUAUAAAUGCUUGACAAGUUUUUGCUUUUGAAACUGAAAAAAUUCCAUCGUAACCUCAAAUAUUAGCAUCUUAUCACCAGAUAGGGGAAUUUUCAAACUACACGUAAAAUAUUUAAACCUCCGACAAAGGGAAUGAUACCUUGAUGACACCCCAAAAAACCUGGCCAAAUAUUCUUCAAGCUCCAAACUCCAAUCACCACUACUAAGAACAAAAGAUCGGGGUCAAGGAAAAUUCCGACAAAAAAGAAGAAGAAUCAAUAAAAAGGCGCGACGCGUGUCAGUGCGCGUUUCCUGGCGGCCCAUCCGCCUCCAGACUCGUCGGAGCCGCGCAGUUAAUGACCCCUCCAUGAUGAUCCUGUUUCUCGGGAGAAUCGAAAAAAAAAAACACAGCCACCUUCGUUUAUCAAUCAAUAUCGUGUUUCUCCAAAUUUAGCUGUAAGAUCCCGAAAAAGGAUCUAGGAAGGGCUAAUAUUUCUUCAGAAAAUAAUAUAAAACCCGUUUCAGAGGUUAGCGGCGAUGACGCAGGGCGUCGGAAAAGAGGAUCCAGAAUCUUCAACGACGUCAUCAGCUGAAGCGGCUCUUUACCCAGGUAUUUGAAAAACUGAAGCUCACACCUUCCUUUUUGAUAUUGUUCCCUCUUUCUGCAAUAAUUGAUCUUCCCAGAAACAUUUUUUGGAGCAUGAAGGUAAAAAUUUCAUAAUACAUCUAGAAAAAGUAGUGAAAAUUUCGGCUACGUUCGGUUGAUUUCAAAAAAAGGAGCUCUUCAAAACGAGCUCACUCCUGCAGGAAUCGAUAAUCUUAUUCAUUAGUUUAUUUUUUUCAAAUUCCUCAGACUAUUUGAAAAAGCCUGAGGCUGUUUUGAAUCUACAAAAAAAUUGUUUUAACAUGAUUCCUAUUAUUUUAAUCUUUUGAAUGAAGAAGGUUUUUUUAAGCUUCUGAGCUACUCAAUUAUUCAUCUUUAUAUAGUUUUUUUAAAUUUUUUUCGGAAAAAAAGUUUCUGAUUUUCUUUGAACUUUUUUUCGAAUUGCUAGCUUCUAUAAAAUGAUUCUACAAACUGAAUGAUGCUUUAUAAAAAAUUUUCAUUUGUUGGGCCUAAAAAACCUCAAAGCUUACAGACCAUUUGAAAUCGUCUUCAGAUCUUCCAAAAACCUUUUUCCAAGCUUCAAACCUAAUUUUUUUUUUCGAGACCCACUAAAAAAAUAUCUCAAGCUUCCACUACCUACCAAAAAUCGACAGGAGCUUCUUUAAAAUUUCUGGUCUCCUAAAAAAAAAUUCAAGCUUCUCUAGACCUACAAAAUGACCACGUGUCAACUUCCUGAUGUUACUAACACUACGAAACGUUUUUCUGAUAUCAAAUUCUUCUUCAGACCUUCCGAAAACCCCCUCUAAACCCCCACAAAACUCCCAUAACCAAUUAUGGAGCAAUAAAAAACGAUCGCAACAGUUGCAGCGGCGUACAUGCACGGCUACGCGGCCGGCUGGCCCAACUACUACCAAAAUUUCGGACAACCGCUAGCCCCGACGCCGUUUCCGACAUGGCCGCAGUGUUACGCCGGUCCCGCCUGGCCCAACUACGGUUAGUUCUUUUCAUUUUUCAAAAAAUCUAAAGUACUAAUUUCCUUGUUUAUCUCGAAAUUCGAUCCGCCUCCAAGGGGAACUAGCAGCAGGACGCGCGACGUUUAAAUUGCCUCGUAAAAAUGUCUCGUUCCGGAGAUUUAUCCCCUUUUGACGAGUACAACCUUAAAAAAGUUUAUAUAUAGCUUAGCGGACUUCUGAAUAGUAUAGUCCGUUCAGAAUUUUGUUAGAACCAUUUUUUUAAAGCACACCCUGCUCCUUUAAAUCCGAAGCGCCUUUCUGUAAGAUCUUAUGAUCAUUAAUACUAGGCAGACUUUUUGAACCGGAAACUUAUUCCUUAUGAACCAUUUUUUAUAAGUUUUCAAGUCUCGAUUUUAUUUUCCCUUUCAAGGGAAGGCCCUUCUUCACUAAUAGAAAAAAAAAUGGCAAAAUUAGCUUGUAAAAAAAAUAUCAUUUCUCGCAAUAGGUCUCGUUUUAGAGUUAUGAAGCUUCAAAAAAGGGAGAGGGGAGGGGGGGUGGGUAUAUACAGUUCACUAGUGAGAAGCCUGUAAUGGACAAACUACAGACCCUCCUGAUAAAACCAGCCUUUCUCAAAUAUACUCUCCGUUUAUUCAUUCUCACUACUAUUCUCAGUUCCACAAGUCCAGUUGGAUAUCGUCGUGUUGUGUGUGCGUUUUCUUUUCCCUUGGUUUGCCACACUGCGGCGUGGCAGCGGCAAGAAAAACACACACAAUACCGAUGAUUGAACUUGUCUCAUUGAUAAUAUUCCCAAAAAAGUGUGUUCUUUUUGUUGCAGCCACGUCGAAGAAGGGCCGGCAGACCUACCAACGCUACCAGACGUCCGUCCUGGAGGCCAAGUUCCAACAAAGUUCCUACGUCUCGAAGAAGCAACGGGAGGAGCUUCGGCUGCAGACGCAACUGACGGACCGGCAGAUCAAGAUCUGGUUCCAGAACCGACGGAUGAAGGCCAAGAAGGAGAAGCAGCGUGUCGAGGAACACUCGGACCAUACUCCGCUCCUGCCAGCCAACCCGCCAAAGUCGAUGGAGCACGUCAUCGGCGGCGGCGGUGGUGGCGGCAUGGCCGGCGCCGGUCUCAUGAGUUCCCUUGAGGAGGAGAAGAAGUGGCAGAUGGCCGCCGCGGCUGCGGCUCACUGGCCAGCCCCUCCUCACUACCAGUAUCCCUUGUGUCCGCCUUAA